GAGGCGUAUUAAGGCAAACUAUUACGAUAUCAUCACGACAAUAGACUACGAAGCUAUAACUAAAUAUAUGAUAAGCAAAAACAUUUUACGCAAAGAGGACCUGCAUAUUAUAUCAUUCAAAGGAAUAAGGAGAAAGGACAAGAAUCAGGAACUACUUCAAAAACUAUGGAGAGGAUCCCAGGCUUGGUUUGACCAUUUCAUUCAAGCUUUACAAAUCCAUGGAUAUUCAACACUUGCUAAUCAGAUCUUAGAAACGCACGUUGACCUUUGUGAUGAAUUUGACCAGGAUUUGAGUGAUGAUGAUGAUGGUAAUAAAAACAUCCCACAGUACAACAGAGAGCUUAACACAAAAUACAUCCAUGAUUGGCUCGAUGAAGACAAACGUUUUAGUCAAACAACCGCUUCAAAGAAACUGGAAGAACAGAUUAAAGAAAAUAACUGCAUUCUUGUAGUUGGAGACUCAGGAGAGGGUAAAACAUCUUUAAUAAGACAUCUUGCCGUCAAGUUGUGGUUAGAAGAAGAUUACGAUAUAGUGCCUAUAGUAAUGGUACCACUUAUUAUAAGAAACUUCUACAAUGCAGAUAGGAAACAAGUAUUUGUAGUAGAUGAGUUUUGUGGAAGGGACACGAUUAACAGAACGUCUGUUGAUCUUUGGGUUCUACCGCAUUAUACAACACUUUUUGAUGAUAUUAUCGAGGCUAAAAUACGUUUAGAUAAAAAAGAUAUUGCUAAGAAAAACAUUAAAAUAUUAAUAGCUUGUGACAGUGCAGUUUAUAAUGAUCCAUCAUUUAGAAUGCUUGAUUUUUAUAAACAGUACACUUUCAGUCUAUCAAAAUGGCCUUUAUCAGACAAUGAGCGAGAAAUAAUGAUAAAAAAUAAAUUGUUUCACGCUAAUAUGAUUGACAGCAUAAAGGGUUUAAGUUUUCCAUUACUCUGUAAGCUUUCUAAGGGGAAAUCAAACGAUCAAAUUCGGAAAUUCUUUGAAAGACCAAUUGAAUGGAUAACAAUUGAUAUAAACAAGAUUAAAGAACAGCAACGUUAUCAGUUCUUUCUAAUAAGUCUUUUGGUCAUAUUAGAUAACCAAUUAAAUGUUAAUUGGCUGGAUGCACAAACAUUACCUGAAGAGAAAAAAAGAUCAGUAGUUGGCAUAUUCAAACUUUUGUUUUUAAAUCUUUGGGAUAAAACAGUAAAAGCCGAAUUGGAGAAAAAUCUUGAUAUUUUGGAAAAGACCUUUGUUGUUAGGAGCGAAAAAACUUGUAGUUUUGUACACAACAAGAUUUACGAUAUUUCUGCAGUAAUAUGUGGUGAAUACUUUUUUUGCCAUUUUGUUAAACAUGCAAGUAGUAUGUUCAUUGCAGAAAGAUACAAACUUGAAACAAUACACAAUGAAACAGCUGAAAAGGAAAUGCUUAUUUCCAUUAAAACGGAAAAUGAGACCUUGUAUUUUGAUAGACUGAUUAAUGAUUUAGAAAAUGGUGAUACUUGUAGCUUUUUUCACAAUAGACAACUGGAAGAUAAAAUGUAUCGUAAACAAUUUCUAAAAUAUUGUCGAGAACAUCACAUUUUUAUUAGAAUUAAAGAUUGCAUAUCAAAUUUAAAAGCCAGGCAAAAUAACAAUGCAUGCCAAAGAGAUAGAAAUAUAUCCAUCACGGACAGGAAGAAUUAUGAUCAUGACUCGUUUUAUAUUGAAUUAAAAGAAAAACGCAGUCAUGAUAUUAGCAGCUUGGGUAAACCUUUAAUUGAAUCGGUAAUAGAGGGAUAUGCCGAUAUUGUUGAUUUUGCAUUGGAAGUAGGAUGUGAUAUAAACGGUACUCAUACUUUUGGCAGGUCAUCUAUUUACUUUGCAGCGCUUUUAAAUCAUAUAGACAUAAUGAAAUUACUCAUCGAAAGAAAAGCUGAUAUAUCUGUGCGUGAUCAUAAAGGCAGAUCUGCUUUAUAUGUUUGUUGCAAGAAAGGUCAUGAACAAAUUGUUGAUGUUUUGCUUCAAACAAACCUCGACAUUUCACAGUGCGAUGACAAAAAAAGGACACCACUGCACGCAGCAUCUAAAAAAGGACAUGAACAUGUUGUUAAACUAUUAUUGGAUAAAAAGCACGCCGUAGAUUUAUUGGAUAUCGAAAAACAUACACCUUUAUUUCUGGCAUCUGGACGCGGCCAUACAGAAACGGUAAGAAAAUUAAUACAAGCAGGUUCAAGUAUAUCUAUUAAAGAUAAAAAUGGAUGGACACCACUUUUUGCUGCGUGCAAAAGUGGUAGAAAAGCAGUAGCAGAAUUACUUAUAGAAAUGAAAGCCAGCAUAUCAGAAUGUGACGAGAAUGGUCGAUCACCACUGCUUAUUGCCUCAAGCAAUGGACGUGACGAAGUCGUCAAACUGUUGAUACAAAAUAAAGCUGACAUUUCAAAAUGUGAUAUUAAGAGUCGUUCAGCAGUUUACAUUGCUUGCAAAGGUGGACAUAAAACAACAGUGAAUAUAUUAUUGCAUAAUCAUUGUUCUGUCAAUGUAUGUAAUAAAAAGGGCAACUCACCACUUCAUGUUGCAUGCGAUAAACGAAAUCUUGAAAUUGUAAAAGUUUUGCUCAGUUAUAAUCCUUCCGACGAAACGUUGGAAUGUAAAAAUCAAGCAGUUUAUUAUGUCAGACAUGAACACGACAAGUUGGAGGCAAUUGCAUCCUCAUUUGAAAAUAAACAAAAUAUUAAUAUAUUUAAUGCUGAAGGAGAUUCUCCUUUGCAUGUUGCUUGCAAACGUGGAGACCAAGAAAUAGCGACAAUGCUUGUGAAGAACGGCGCAGAUAUAAAUCAUUCGAACGAUGUAGGCAAGCAGCCCUUGCAUAUAGCUUGUAGUGAUGAUCAUUAUGAAAUAGUUGAUAUGUUAUUAUCGAAAUCUGCUGUCAUUGAUGGUCGUGAUAAAGAAGGAACAACACCGCUUAUAGCUGCUUCAAAAAAUGGUCGAGCUAAGAUAAUACGACUGUUGUUAGAAAAAGGCGCCGUACCCACAACUUUUGACAGGAAAAAGAGGUCACCAUUGCAUUUUGCUUGUAUUCAAGGAUUUGAAGAAAUCGUUCAUACUCUUCUCGAUAAAGCACCCUUAUUAGUUUCAGAGAAGGACAUUGCAGGGAAAACAGCACUCGACUUUGCAAACGAAAACGGACAUUCUAACAUUGUGCAAUUUUUGAGUAAAUAAGGACAUUUUUCAAUAAUAAGAAUAACAGUACAUGAUUUAAUGUAAUAGCAGUUUUGUGACUUGUGUGAAACUAACAUGACAUGAAAUAUAAUUUAUGUCUUGUAAAUUUACUAUCAAAAACUUUGAGAUCGAUCGAAAUACUAAGUAACUUCUUCUCGAUUGUUUUCUCUCCAACUCUGUUUCGAACGACUCUGAUCAAUGUUGUACUAACGAAACGCAAGUCUGGUGUACACAUUAAUAGUGUCUUAAAUAGAAAAAAAACUUAAACUGUCGGUACCUAUGAUCCAUGUAAUUGAUGCAUCAUCAUCUUAGUGUUUGUCCUAUAACAAAUAAACAAGACGUAUUGCUGGUCAGAACUAUGAGUAGCAGAUGCGAGUCCUUGGA